AUGGACCGUCUACUCGCCGACGAGACCAUAUUGCGAAUCUUCAGCUUCCUCGCUGCAGCCGAUCUCGCUCGCAUGCAGCUGGUCAGCAAGCAUCUUCGUACCUUGGCUCAGGAUCGUCAUCUCUGGAAACGCUUGUUCUACUUCACCUUCGUGCAGCCACUCAACGGCGCCUCGAGCAGCUCUCAUGUCUCAAUCCUACCUACUCUCCGAGAACUCAGAUCGCUUCUUUUGCAUCAGAACCUUCUGUCGGGCAAGCAUGUCACUGGUGACGGCAGCCGACCAAUACACCGCCUACCCAGCCGCUACUACAGCCCAUCGUCGCACUUAAUGCCAUCCUUCGAAGCGGGUGAAGAUGUCAGUCGGACCUUGUCGUCACUUCUUUUUGAUAGACUUGGUUUGAAGGAGUUCUCGGAUCACCAUUUGCUGGAUUGGGAGCAAAUCUUCCGUGUCUCCACCAACUGGCAACGAGGCAAGUUCACCGUCUCCGAACUGCUCACCUCUGAUCCACGAACCACAUCUGGAUUGGAGCCACACUUGCCGCGUUCAUUUCCACAUACGAUCGUCAGGGUAUCGAAUCGCUUCAUCUUGACCGCAACCUCCAUUCAAGACGAACAUCACAUCGCUUUGCCGACCAUCUCCAUCUAUUCGUCAGAUCCGGAUCUAGCCUCUCAGACUUCACCCCCACACGCUCUCAGCCAUAUUUCUAGUGAUUUGCAUAGAAACCCCCCAGCCUUGCGCUUCACCUCGCCAGGCUUGCAAAGCUUCCUGGCAUCAAGCUCGUCCCAUGCACAGGCUCUGAUCACCGAGAUUGCUGUUGACACCGCCACCGCUGCAGAUAAUACGCCUCCCAUUACAUCGGGACACCGAAAGCGCAAGCUCACACCAUCCGAGCAGACGCUCUCAAAUUCGGUCUCCAGAAUUGUGGUUGCCUACUCGACCGGCCACAUCAGCCUCUUCUCUUUGUACCCCUUGGGCGGCUCAAUCUCUUUCAUCGAGGAUGUGUUCUAUAAACCCAAGUCAACUGCAUCAGAAGGUUAUAUCACCAUGGCAGCCCUUCACACUCCUGCUCUCGUGCUGUGCUCAUCCAAGUUUGACCUAGCUUUCUACCAGAUCAGCAACGCUUCGGCUACACGGCUUAGUCUUGUCCAUAGCCUUUCGAGCUACCGAUGCUCCUCGCCGGCGUCUUUAUGCCUGAGAAAGCUUCCACUUCAUCAUGCAUCUAAACGCCCUGAAAGGCCUUCCUCAGUUUGUUCGGCCGACCGUCAAACUUCCGAUGAUCACGCUGACGAUGCAGCCUUUCGAGUGACUCUCGCCUACUCGACGCCCAGCUAUCCCUCGUCUUGGAGUGUUUCAGUACAGGAACUCGUCGUUCGCCUCAACCUCGAUCCAGCAGCGACGUCUACAUCACAAAUCACCAGGCGACACGCCACAGCAAAGCGCCCCUUUCGACCCACUCCGAUCGAUCCGAGGGGGCGUUUUAUGCUCGGAAGGCACCACAGCUCGUCACCACAUGCAUCCUGCGAAGCUUGGAUGCAAAGCCUGACCGCGCAAUCGCUAUCUGGGCCGUCAGCCAGCAGAUCUACGAGCCUGACCUACGAUGAUCCUUUCGUGGUCCUCGGAGCCAGCGACAAUCUUGUCGAAGUAUAUGAGCUGCUGGGUGCGACAACUAUAUUUCGACGAGGUGUUGAUGAUUUGCAUGCACAGACACCUGCGUCUCGCUCGGCGACGGCCACCUCGUCUUCGCCGAGGCAAACCCUUCGACUCGUGCAUCGCCACAGUCUGCACGGGCAUACGGGCAGCGUACAUAGCGUGGCGCUCGAAGACGGACGUUGUGUUAGCGGCGGAGCAGAUGGCAGCGUUAUGGUUUGGAACCUCGGUGACCGGUCCAAUGAAACCGACUCGAUUGCUAGCGCGAUGCGUCAUGUUCGGGCCGAGGCGCGUGGCUUUGAGCGCCAGAAUCACGCCAACGACUUUAUAGCAAGAUCGGCCAACUCUGCCUUUAACGAUGAGGGGGAGGAGGAGGAGGAGGAGGAGGAGGAGGAGGAGGAGACCGCUACUGACAUAUCGCAUGUACUCACCUUGCGAUCGCCGACCGCCGUGGAGGAGCUGGUCGCGCUUGGCUUGGACGCGGAGGCAGGCCAUGCUGAAGCUGUCAAUGCUCGCCCUUUCGGUACUUCCCUUGGUCACAUUGUUAGAAGCCGCCUCCUCGAUCGACAAGCUCGGAGCGUGGUCCGUUGGGUCUCGACUGCAUUCGACAAGAUCGUCAGCAUCGUCGCGUAUACAGACGCGACGUCAAGCUCUGCUGCUGCAGACGAUUUCGCGGGCGCACAGCGUCCUCUUGAAAGGGUGCAGGUGUGGAGCUUUAGUUGA